AUGUCGUCAACCUGGAAGACCAUUGGUCUUUAUGAACUCGGAAUGGGAAGGAUCCACGAAAUCAACGGGAAUGGCCUCCAAGGAUUCGACAGCGUUGAACUAGACAACUUCACAAUGGAGGGCCAAGCGAUCACCGCCUAUGCCUCACCCGGUUUCUGGAUCGGUCAGAUGGGACUAUCGUCGUUGCCACUGAACUUCUCGGAGACAAUCGGCUCGCCAUCUUUGAUCUCAGCUCUCAAAGAUGAGGGCCAUAUACCCAGUCUAGCGUAUGGAUAUCAAGCUGGUGCCUCGUAUCGCAAAACCAGAAUACCCGCCAGUCUCGUUCUCGGAGGAUACGACCUGUCGCGCUCGUCAGAACCCUUGACGGUCGACAUCAAUUCCGAUCUGUCCAGAGCUCUUACAAUCGGACUCCAGGAUAUCAUAGUGACCGAUUCGCUGAACGGAACACUUUCGAUGGUUGAUAACGAACGGAUACUAGCCCCGAUCGAUUCGUCCAUUCCAGACAUGUGGCUUCCUAAAUCUGUUUGCGACCGCUUCGAAUCUGCAUUUGGCCUGGAGUAUCAUGAAAGAUCUGGGAGGUAUGUCCUCACAGAUUCGGCCAGGGAUCGACUUCGGGAACUCAAUCCCACCUUAGCGUUCACCGUCGGUACCAACGCCGUCACGGGUGGCAACACUACCAUAGUCCAAUUUCCAUACGCGGCAUUCGACUUGCAGGCAGGGUAUCCAAUAUUUGCGAAUGCGACGAACUAUUUUCCGAUUCGAAGAGCUGAUAACGAAAGCCAGUAUGCUAUCGGCAGGGCGUUCCUACAAGAAGCCUACAUCGGCGUUGACUUCGAGGCUGGCACAUUCAAUGUCAGCGCAGCAAAAUGGGACGACGUAAAGCCUGAGAUUGUAACGAUCUCAGGUAAGAAUAGUGAUACCGGAGCGGCUAAGGAGCCAGGCCUCUCGGGUGUUGGCAAGUAUGGCUUUCCACGAGCUCCCCGCUAA